AGUCGGUCUGCGAGUCCCGUGACGUCAGCAGGCCUCCAGACGCACACGAACCGAAAACCGGGAUGCAGUUCGCGAUUUUGAACGUGAUAUAAGACAUGGUGGGGAUUCCAGCUGGAAUAUGAAGUACUUUGCGGGAUGGUGUUGGGUUCUGGUGGUGAUUAAAACAGUUCGCGGAUGGGGAGGGCUUCAAGGUUCCGGUUCGGAUCUGCAGGGUCCCCUAUUCAUCAUCGAACCACCUCAUCGGGUGGAAUUUGGUGCUGCCACUGGUGGGAAAGUGGACUGUACCGGACAAGGCAGUCCGCCACCUGACGUGGAAUGGGUUUUGUCCGAUGGGACAGCGGUUCAACAGAUUCCCGACAUACGACUGAUAUAUCCCAACGGAUCGUUGAUUUUUCCCCCAUUUUCCAACGACCGGUACCGUCACGACGUACAUACUGCUAUCUAUAGGUGUAAGCUCAAAAGUACUUUGGGUGUGGUGCUUAGUCGAGAAGUACAUGUAAAAGCAGUCGUCAAACAAAAAUACGACAUCCAAGUCCACGACGAGUACGUCAUAGCCGGCAAUACGGCGGUAUUAAAAUGCAAAAUCCCCACUUACGUGUCCGAUUAUGUUAUGGUAACGUCCUGGAUUCAGGACGAGAGUAUCAACAUCUACCCUAAUACUGACAUCGGAGGAAAAUAUGUGGUUUUGGGAAAUGGCGACUUGUACAUUAGCAAUGCCGGACCUGGAGAUGGGUACAAAAAUUAUGCUUGUAGAACUGUGCAUCGUUUAUCAGGUGAUCUCCAAACAUCGGCAUAUCCAGGUCGAAUCAUCGUCACCGAACCCAAAGGUACCGUGCAACCGAGAAUUACCGUGGACAAAUUUAACGCCAAAAGAGUGGUCGUUGGUGACGAUGUUACUUUGCCGUGUAUAGCCCAAGGUCACCCAGUACCCGGGUACUAUUGGAAACGAGAAGUCGAUGGGCAGAUGAGGCCAGUAGCUCUAAGCGAAAGGAUUAUGUUGCUUAGUGCUGGAUUGUUGAGGAUAUCCAAGGUCCGUUUGGAAGACAAAGGCGUUUACGUAUGCUUUGCAAACAACUCUGCAGGAGAGGAAAGUGUAAGAGUGACUCUUGAAGUAACUUCGCCCCUAUCAGCUCAUGUCCAGCCCCAAAUGUUGGUGGUAGACGUUGGCAAAGAUGCCAGUUUCCAAUGCGUCGUUAAUGGAAAUCCCGUAUCUCAAGUGAAUUGGAUGCACAAUGGUAAACCUAUCGCAACUGACAACAGAGUUGAAGUCCAAAACGAACCACCCAGAUUAACAAUUAGACAAUUAACAAAAGACGAUCGAGGAAUGUAUCAAUGUUUCGUUAAUAAUAAUUGGGAUCAGGCGCAAGCAACUGCUGAACUGAAUAUGGGUGAUGCCGGGCCAGAACUUAUUUAUUGGUUCGCAGAACAAACUUUACAACCAGGCCCGACUGUAUCAUUGAAAUGUGUAGCGUCUGGGAACCCUCCACCCCAGUUCACUUGGGCAUUAGAUGGCUUUCCCAUUCCAGACCAUUCUAGAUUUUUAGUUGGCCAAUAUGUCACCAUCCAGGACGACGUCAUCUCUCACGUAAACAUUACCAACGUCAAAGCAGAAGAUGGAGGUGAAUAUUCUUGUACAGCUCACAAUAGCGUGGGCAAAGUGACUCACAGUGCUAGAGUGAAUGUUUACGGACUGCCGUUUAUCAGAGAAAUGCCAAAAGUUAUCGGAGUGGCUGGUACGUCCCUGAUAGUCAAAUGCCCAGUAGCUGGGUAUCCUAUUGAGACUAUUAGUUGGGAGAGGGAGGGACAACAGCUACCUAUUAAUGCGCGUCAACGAGUCUAUCCCAACGGAACCCUUUUCGUAGUACAGACUCAACGUAGAGAAGAUGCCGGUACUUACACUUGUCAGGCUCAGAAUCGACAGAGAAAUUCUGCAAGAAGGGAUGUUGAAGUGCAAGUUAUAGUUCCUCCAAAAAUCCUGCCCAUCAACCCGAUGACCGAUUUGCUACGAGAAGGCAUGAGGGCGGCGAUCACGUGCCAAAUUAUGGAGGGCGAUCUGCCAAUAACUUUUCGCUGGGAAAGGAACGGAAAGCCAAUAAUAAACAACGCAGCUCUCGGUACUGCAAUACGCCGUAUCGACGAAUUUUCUUCGUCUUUGAUUAUUGAUCAAGUUAGCUCGCAGCAUAGCGGAAAUUAUACUUGUAUAGCUAGCAACGUAGCUGGGAAUGAAAAAUAUGGUGUACCUCUCACUGUCAAUGUGCCCCCCAGAUGGACAACGGAGCCCUCGGAUUCGAGUGUCGCCUCGGGACAAGAAGCGAUCAUUCACUGCCAGGCCGACGGCUAUCCGAAGCCAGUGAUUACGUGGAAAAAAGCAGUCGGCGAGCAACUUGGCGAAUACAAAGACCUGAAUUACGAGCCCAACGUUCAACAAUACCAUAACGGUUCGCUGGGCUUUACGCACAUAUCGAAGGAGAACGAGGGACAAUACCUUUGCGAGGCCAAAAAUAAUAUCGGCUCUGGUGUUAGUAAAGUGAUUUUUCUACGAGUCAAUGCACCAGCUCAUUUCGCACAAAAAUCCAAACAAGUGCAAAUAGUCAAAGGUGAACAAGCUCAUCUUCAAUGUUCGGCCAAUGGCGAUACACCCAUGCAGAUUACUUGGAAGGUGGGCGGUCAGCACAUAACUAAAGAUGGUGACAGCAGGUAUUCUAUCAGAGAACAAACCUUGGCAGAUGGUAUGGUUUCCGAACUUGGUAUCGAACGAACUAUUCGUCAAGACACAGGCAUUUUCAUUUGCUCAGCUUCGAACGCCUACGGUAGCGACGACAUGAACAUUCAGCUAAUAGUUCAGGAAAUCCCCGAGGCACCCAGAAACGUCCGAGUUAUGGAUCAACAGUCCAGGUCUAUUGGGAUAUCUUGGACUUAUCCGUAUGCCGGAAAUAGUCCCAUUACGAAUUAUGUUGUUCAGUACAAGCCUGGAGCUGAGGCCUGGCCAAAUCAGCCGGCAAAAAUAACAGCCCCCGGUACCCAAACGACAGCCUCGCUCCCAAACUUACGCCCCGCUCAAGUUUAUCAUUUAAGAAUUUUAGCUGAAAAUCGAUUGGGAUUGAGUGAGCCCAGUCAAACUGUCCAGGUUAAUACUCUAGAAGAAGUUCCUAGUGGUGCACCAGUAGAUAUAAGAGCGGAAGCCAAAACCUCCACAGAACUAGUAGUUACUUGGGAACCUCCCGCUCGUGAGUCGUGGAACGGUAACUUAUUGGGUUACCACGUGGGUUACCAAGAAUUAAACGAAGAAAGUAAUAAUGUAGCUCAAAGUUAUGUAUUCAAAAGCGUCGAAGUUAGACCGCAUUAUGGUGGAGAAGCUAUACUGCAAGGGCUAUCCAAAUUUGCCACUUAUAGCAUUAUAGUACAGGCUUACAACAGUAGAGGUUCCGGACCGGCAAGUGAACCAGUGACAGCUCGUACUUUGGAAGAUGCUCCCACUCUACCCCCAGAAAAUGUUCAAUGUUCAGUAUUGAAUGCUCAAAGCUUACAUGUUUUGUGGGAACCCCCUAAAUUACAAGGCAGAAACGGCGUUAUUCAAGGAUAUAAAGUAACUUAUCAUUCUGUUGGAGAAUGGUAUGAUAAUGACGACCAACAAACCAAAAUAAUCAACCAAUUGAGAACGACCAUAUCGGGUUUGAGAAAAUUCACUAACUAUAGUAUGACUGUGUUGGCUUUCACUGCAAGGGGCGAUGGCGUCAGAUCCAUUCCUGUUUUUUGUCAGACUGAAGAGGAUGUUCCUUCCGCGCCAGCUCAAAUUAAAGCAGUCCUCAGCGCUCCGAAUAAAAUCCUGAUAUCAUGGCUACCACCGAAAUUCAGUAACGGCCCUUUGACUGGCUACACUUUUUACAUGAGCGUCAUGGAGGACGGGCAAGAAGAAGGCACACACAAAAGGGCUCUAAGCCCGAGCACUGAAAUGCACGAAAUCGUACGAACUCACGAAACUAGUACUUUGCAGUUUUGGGUUACAGCAUCAACAAGGAUUGGCGAAGGAGAAAGUACUAGAGUGGUAACAGUAACCCCUUCCAAAACUGUGCCGGCUAAAAUUGCUUCAUUCGGUAGAGAAGUUGUUAGUGCCUGGAAACAAGACAUUUAUCUUCACUGUAAAAGGGUAGGGACUCCGAUGCCUAAUGCUAUUUGGAAAUUGAAUGAUUUGCCUUUAGAGGCUGGACAAAGGAGGUCGAUAUUACCGAAUGCUACACUUAUAAUAAAGGACAUACAAAACGUUGAUCAGGCCAACUACUCGUGUUCAGUAGAAAAUCAACAUGGAAGGGACGAGAUUGUGUACACUUUGAAGGUUUUAGUACCGCCAGAUGCACCAAUACUAAAUGUGGUAGAGUCGUUUACAGAUAGUUUACAGUUGAGGUGGAUUGACCAAAGCAAUGGAGGCUCUCCAAUAUUAGGCUACGUAAUAAACUAUAAAAGAGAUCACGGAGACUGGGAAGAGUUGCAAAUUCCUGCAAGAACUGACGAACAUAUGUUGAGAAAUUUAUGGUGCGGUAGUAGAUAUCUUUUGUACAUAACAGCAUUUAAUAGAAUAGGCACAGGAUUACCAUGUGAUAUAGUUAAAGCUCAUACUAAAGGCACAGUUCCUGUACAGCCAAAGCAAUCGCAGAUGUUGACAAUGAACGCUACAGUAGCCACAGUGUGGUUGGAUUCUUGGGGCGAUGGCGGUUGUGGAAUUAUUUAUUUUGCAAUUUUUCACAGACCAAUGAGACACAAUUCCUGGACAACAGCUUCGAACCAUGUCAAACCAACUGAACGGAUUUAUAGUAUUGUAGAUUUGUUUCCGGCUACAGAAUAUCAAAUUAAAGUUACUGCAAGUAAUAACGCUGGAGAAACUGAGGCUUUGUAUAAUUUUACAACUUUGACAUUUGCUGGAAUUGUUCCAGAACUAUCACCACCCGUAUCCCAUUCAACGGAACAAUCCUUCUACUUGAACGCCAAAAUUUGGGUACCAAUGGUUUCAUCCAUGAUAAUUUCUGUGGCGAUUUUCAUCACUCUGAUAUACCGAAAAAGGCAUCUUGCCGAACGUAACACUCAAAACCACGCGAUAGGCGAAUCGCCGUCGAUGGCCCAAAUGCAAAACAAACAGAACCGCGACCAGCAAUACUUGGCAGUUCGCGUAGGGCGCGGCCCUCAACCCUUGGACGUGGACGAUACUUACAAGCCCGAGUCGUCGGAUUACAUCGAGGACAUUUGUCCCUAUGCCACGUUUCAGUUGUCCUCAUCGAAGCCGCAGGCCUACAGCGAGAGCUCGUACAGCGGCAACGUGUACAGCGGACCGUACCAUUCGGUACGCGGCUCUUUUGUUUAUCAUGAUGUAAAACCACCACCUAUCGAUAAGUUUAAGUUAGGACAUAACAAAGAGCCAGAAUAUACUAAAGUAAGGAGAAAAGGAGGAAGACUGAGAGAUCCUCAUUCCGAGAGUCAAGAGUCUGAUAACCUGGGCAGCACGGACUCAGAGGUGAAGAAGAUACUAACUCUCCACCUGCCUAUUUCAGAGUACGACACGCUCGGCUCAGACUCGGACGGCGAUGGUGGUGGUCGGGCGACUAGUCAAGAGCUUAUGUCCUUUGGCCAUCGGAUGAGAGGUGGUGCUGAAGGUUCAUCAACGUCCUCGGAAUCACCUCCUUCGGGCAGCGUCGGCCGCAAGCCUUACAAUGCUCGCAAAGGCAAAGGUAAAGCCGGAAAUAAAGGUACCAGACACGUCCGCUCCUCAAGCGGCUACUCAAGUCACAACGACGAGACCACGUUCAGUAUAUCACACGCACCGAGUUUCAACGAAAGGAUUCAUCCGCCCACGAGGUUUUCUGACGUAAGCCUAAGAGACUUUUCCGAAGGCGAUUACGAAAAAGGUCACAAAACGCGAGGAAUGUCCAAACUCACCAGGGAAGCUUUCCAAAUAAAUGUGUAACAUAGUUUUACAGUUUAGAGACCUUAUAGAAAAUUCAUUUUUAAUUUUUUAUAAGAAUUUGUAAUUAAAAAUUCAACAGGAGGCUAACUUAUGAAAGAAUGUGCAAAUAUGCAUAAUAUUUCCCUAAACAUGGAAUAUUUUGUAUAAAAAAAUCGGCUGGUGCCUUUAAGAUACGACUUAAACUAAAGAAAUUUUAUGGAUAAUCUGAAUUGGAGAGAAAAUAGGGCUUCCCACAGAACAAGGGCGUGCCAAAUAACAAAUUAGAAGAUUGAUAUUUGUAAAAUAUAUAGGGCAUUAUUGAAAUGUAUUUUAUAGAAUGUUAUAUUAUCUGUUUUGUUUUUUUCAAUGCAAUUUUUGAGAUAUGUAGAAGGAAGUGAUAUCAUACAAUAUGGAGGAAUUUAGGUAUAUUGAAUUUCAAUUUCUACUUCUCAUAAAUUAUUGCAAGGAUGUACAGUUUGACGGCGAUAUCCUGAACUGUUUUCUACGAGGCAUGAGUAGAAAAAACGAAGAUAAAGCAGUCAAAUUGUAAACAAAUUUCUCCAUAAUUUAUAUAUUUCCUAGUUAAUAUUGUCAAAUAAUAUGCAAAUCUGGAUAGUAUGAAAGAAAGUCUUGUAAAACCGUUUUUAUUUUCCCUAAUUUUUAAUUUUUAUAUGAACUGUAGAGGAUAACAAUUAAUUUAUACUCCAAUUUUUGUACCAUAUUUAUAGAUAAUGUUGUAAAGAGGUGUUUAUAUCACAAAUAAUAAACAUUUAGGCGUUGGGAAGAAUGUGAAACUUAAAUUUUUACGCACCCCAAAAAUUGGUCAUAAAAACCAAGGAUCUGCAUCUUCCCAACAAAAAAAUUUACUAAAAAAAAAAAUAGCGUGUGUCUUAAUGUGUCGAAAAUUAAAUUCACUUUAGAUAAUAUCAUGGAUUCGCAUUUAAAAAAAAAAAUCACGUUUUUCACCCCUCUAUUUGCUAUACAACACCACUAUCGACUCCUAAAAAAAAACAAAAUGACUGUCUUAUUUGGAUAGCUAAAACUAUUCUUUUUAUUAUUAUAUUAAAAAUUGUUAAAUGUAAGAAAAAUAAAUAACAUGUUAGUUAAAAAAAAAAUGUGAAGUUUUAUUAAAUUAAUUUGUGUGAAAGUUUUUGAAUUUAUUUAUUUUUUUGAUCAAACUCACAUAGUAAAAUCAUAAGGUUCAAAAUCCGUUCGAAUUUUCUGAACCAGCUCUUCCUCUUUACUUUUGUCCAAAAGACACUCCUUAUAUUCAACCCGAUUUGGCAUAUUGAGCACUGGUCCCGAUGCGAUUACUUCACGGCCAAAACUCAAUGGAAAAUUGAUUGAAUUUUGAAUUUUUGUAUAAAGAAUUUGCUUGUCUGGAAGUUCAACCAUGAAAAAUGGCGUUUUGGGGGGAAUUACUUGAUCUAAUCUGUUAUUUGAGUCAAGGGACUCCAAUUGGAAGCCUUGGGCUUCA